AUUAAGGCGCGGGGCAGCGGGCGCCCAGGCGCAGUGUUGAUCGCGCCUUGCAGCAUUCUGCACUGCAGCGACUCGCCUCCUUAGUUCCCGCGCCCUAGAGAGUCUCACCGCUGGCCGUCACCUCCCGGGCACCUUGGCCCCUCCGCGAUCCCCAGCAAGAGAGGGAGGGGGAACUCGGCGUAGGUGCUGGGGAUUCCGCGUUUUUGCGCAGUUGAUGUGUGGUGUGCUCCUGGCUUGCACAGAGUUUUGAGUUUGCGCAUGGUCCCCACCCUGCUUUCUUGCUGGUUCGAAGUCUCUGAGGCUCCCCUCCUUUGCUCUAGCGGACUGGAGAAGCCAUCGUAGAGCCCUGGGGACGGGGACUGGACUAGUCAAGAGUCCCCAGUUCCGUUCCCACUACUGCUUUUUUGGGCUGCCUUUUGGGUCUUUGUCUCCCUUGGGGGAAGCUGGACAGCCGUUUGGCGGGCCCGUCCCUGACCCGGACCCAACGCUGGGGACCAUGGAGUUCACCGUGUCGCCCAAGCCCCAGCUAUCCUCUCGAGCCAAUGCCUUCUCCAUUGCUGCGCUAAUGUCCAGCGGCGGCCCCAAGGAGAAGGAGGCAGCAGAGAACACAAUCAAACCUCUGGAACAAUUUGUGGAGAAGUCGUCCUGUGCCCAGCCACUGGGUGAGCUGACUAGCCUAGAUGCUCACGCGGAGUUUGGCGGCGGCGGGGGCAGCAGCCCUUCCUCAUCCUCUCUGUGCACAGAGCCACUGAUACCCACGACUCCCAUCAUCCCCAGCGAGGAGAUGGCUAAAAUCGCCUGCAGCUUGGAAACGAAGGAGCUCUGGGACAAAUUCCAUGAACUCGGCACGGAGAUGAUCAUUACCAAGUCGGGAAGGAGGAUGUUCCCGACCAUCCGCGUGUCAUUUUCUGGAGUGGAUCCCGAGGCCAAGUACAUCGUCCUGAUGGACAUCGUCCCAGUGGAUAACAAGAGGUAUCGCUAUGCCUACCACCGCUCUUCCUGGCUGGUGGCCGGCAAGGCUGACCCUCCCCUGCCAGCCAGGCUCUAUGUACAUCCAGACUCCCCCUUCACUGGUGAGCAGCUCCUCAAACAGAUGGUGUCUUUUGAAAAGGUGAAACUUACCAACAAUGAACUGGAUCAACAUGGCCACAUAAUUUUGAAUUCAAUGCAUAAGUACCAGCCGCGGGUGCACAUCAUAAAGAAGAAAGACCAUACGGCCUCCCUGCUCAAUCUCAAGUCGGAAGAAUUCAGAACGUUCAUCUUUUCAGAGACAGUUUUCACAGCAGUCACAGCCUACCAGAACCAGCUGAUAACCAAGCUGAAAAUAGACAGUAAUCCAUUUGCCAAAGGAUUCCGGGACUCCUCCAGGCUCACUGACAUUGAGAGGGAGAGUGUGGAGAGCCUGAUCCAGAAGCACUCCUACGCCCGGUCGCCCAUCCGCACCUACGGAGAGGAGGAUGUGCUGGGGGAGGAGAGUCAGACAACUCCAAACCGAGGCUCAGCAUUUACAACAUCUGACAAUUUGUCUCUCAGUUCCUGGGUAUCAUCAUCUUCCAAUUUUCCUGGAUUUCAACAUCCACAACCCCUGACUGCUCUUGGCACCAGCACAGCAUCCAUAGCGACACCCAUUCCUCACCCUAUACAGGGUUCUCUGCCACCAUACGGCCGCCUGGGAAUGCCUCUGACCCCAUCCGCAAUUGCCAGCUCCAUGCAGGGAAGUGGCCCCACGUUCCCUUCCUUCCACAUGCCUAGAUACCAUCACUACUUCCAGCAGGGGCCCUAUGCUGCCAUCCAAGGACUACGCCACUCCUCCGCUGUGAUGACACCAUUUGUAUGAUUCUCCUGAGAGUGGGGGAAUCUAGAUCCAGGAUACGUGAAUGGAUGUGAAAAUCUAGGAGAGGGU